UGUCAGCGACGAAUAGCACACGUCAUAAAUACAACAAUAUAAAAAUCGGCACAAUCGGUAAGAUCUACGAUCGGUGCGUUUUCUUUUCGAUUAAAUCGAGUUCCAGAUACCUGCCAGCACUUACAUUUCACCAUGAAAAACCUCACGGAAGUGUUGCACAAGUUCUACGAUGAGUAUACGCACAAAACGCCCAAGAAGCUGAAAAUUGUUGACGCCUACUUGCUGUACAUUCUGCUGACCGGCAUCACGCAGUUUGUUUACUGCUGCCUCGUUGGAACAUUCCCGUUCAACUCAUUCCUGGCUGGCUUUAUCAGCACGGUGAGCUGCUUCGUGCUGGGUGUGUGCCUUCGCCUGCAGUCGAACCCCCAGAACAAGGAACAAUUCUUGGGAAUCUCACCCGAACGCGGGUUCGCUGAUUUCGUGUUUGCUCACAUAAUUCUUCACUUGGUUGUGUUCAAUUUCAUCGGAUAAAAGCAACCCUCAGGGGCUGAAUUGCGUGUGCAAUUAGAUGUUGUAAGUUGAUAAAAUUACACGAGUAAGAAUCGAGUAAAUACAGACGAAGGAGAAUGAUCGAGCGUGAGUGAACAAAUCAUAAA